UGUCGCAGUGAACAGACGUGUGUUCCAAUUUUGAAUUUUUAUUUUCGUUGUGCCAGUGACAACAAAGUGACAUAAAGAAAACUAUUAAAUAUAGAAACAUUUUAGUGUGUGCAAUGGAUUCCGAAACGAAACGGAAACCGCCAAAAUCAUUUUCCAUAGAGUCAAUAAUUGGAACAGAUCGAAAAUCUCCCGAAAUUGACAUAGAGAAUAAUAUUUCCGAUUUAUCAAGACAUUCAGACGAUGAUGACAGAAGUGAUCGAAUGAGGUUUUAUUUCAAUGGACCUUUUUUGCCGCAAAAUGUGAAUUUUCCUUUCUUACUGGGGUACCAGGAGCCGUGGUUGAGGAUGUUUGGAAGACAACAUGAAAGAGAUGAAAAGAGAGACAGUCCAGUUAGUGUUGGGAGUGAAGAAAGUGAUGGUGCUGAUGACAAUACACAGGGAAACGAAUCAGAAAUCGACACAGAAGAUCCAGACACACCAAGAGAGAACAAAGCAAGAAGAAGACGGACAGCAUUCACGUCAGAACAGCUCUUGGAGUUGGAGAGGGAGUUCCAUGCGAAGAAAUAUCUUUCUCUCACGGAGAGAUCACAGAUCGCGUCAGCACUUAAAUUAAGCGAAGUUCAAGUAAAAAUAUGGUUUCAAAAUCGCCGGGCGAAAUGGAAACGUGUCAAAGCGGGGCUCGCAUCCGGCAGUCACGGGAAAACGGCGACGAAAAUUGUCGUACCAAUACCGGUGCAUGUCAACCGCUUCGCCGUAAGAACACAGCACCAUCAAAUGGAGAAGCAGAAUCUACAGUUUAGGAUGGACAGAACGCAGCCAUUACCAGGGAACCUACUCCAGUCGCAGACCUCGGCGUUUUUAAGCGCGGCAAAAAUCGAUAGACAAGAUCGUAGCAUUUAUGACGCGCGGUUGGCAGCACUGAAUCCGCCGGCCAUUAGGCAUUUUCAGAAUGGCCAACAUAGUUAGGUUGUAGUUAGGAAUUAGAUUUGUAUGCAUUUGCCUGUUGUAAAAUAAAUUGUGUGAUAAUUUA